CACUCCGUGCUCGCUGGGCUAUGGGCCCUCUUCAGCCUCUGGCACUCCCCGGAGCUGCUCUCCAACAUCCAGGAUGGCUACAGCGUCUCAGGGCACCUGCUGGUCUGCUUCUCCUCGGGUUACUUCAUCCACGACAGCCUUGACAUCAUCUUCAACCACCAGUCCCGCUCCUCCUGGGAGUACCUGGUACACCACGCCAUGGCCAUCUCUGCCUUCGUCUCGCUCAUCAUCACGGGCCGUUUCCUAGUGGCAGCGAUGCUGCUGCUACUGGUGGAGGUGAGCAACAUCUUCCUCACCAUCCGCAUGCUGCUGAAGAUGAGCAAUGUGCCUUCCCCGGUGCUCUACGAGGCCAACAAGUACAUCAACCUGGUGAUGUACUUCGCCUUCCGCCUGGCACCCCAGGCUUACCUCACCUGGUACUUCCUCCGCUACGUGGAGGUGCAGGGCCAGGGUGCCUUCCUCACUGCCAACCUCCUGCUGCUCGAUGCCAUGAUCCUCAUGUACUUCUCCCGCCUCCUCCGCUCUGAUUUUUUCCCCUCCCUGCGCAAGGGCUCUGCAGGGAGAGACGUGGAUGGUGAGAAGUUUCUGAUAGACUGAGACUCACAUGCUGAAGGGGACCUGGGCUCCCACUCCUGGAGGUCUUGAGCUCUCCAAACCUGCUCUGAUGUGCCUUAGGGCUCGCUCCCUGGCCCCGGGCCCUGCCUUCACACGCUCUGCUGCCUAAAAGCGCUUCCCUGCUGGACCAGCCCAACAGCCUCACCGAGCCACAGGGACGCUGCCGAAGCCAGGGGCAUGGACAAUGGAAAAGCAGCCCAAGCCGGCUUCCACACAGGCAGCUGGAGGGCCAGGGGUGGCUGUGAUUCGCAGCUGUGGCCCGAGAGGGUUGCAAGGGAAGGGACAAGUCCCUCCCAUGGUGUUAUGGUAACUGGGUGUUAUGUGCAUUAAAAUUGGUCUGUUUACUGCUGCCGCA